AUGUGUGACGAAAAACAGGAGCAACGUAUCAAUCUCAAAUUUUUCGUUAAAUUGAAAAAAACUUUUAUAAAUUGUUGCAAGAGGCCUAUGGAGGCGAUUAUCUAUCUCGUGCACGUGGUUUUGAGUGGUAUAAGCGUUUCAGUGAGGGCCUAGAGAGCACUGAAGAUGACCAGCGCCCAAUUCGCCCUGUCACUGUUUCAACUCCGGAAACAGUGACCAAAAUCAACCAAAUUGUACGUGCAGAUCGUCGAAUGAGCAUCCGGAUGAUUACCGAGGCUGUAAACGCCGAUAAAGAAAUGGUUAGAAAAAUUUUACAUGAGGAAUUACAUAUGAUAAAAGUCUGUGCGAAGUUGGUGCCAAAAAACCUGACUCCUGACCAAAAGUUCUUGCGUCAACAGACCUGCUCAGAUUUCCUUGAAAAGUUAAAAGAAGAUCCCGGACUGAUGAAAAACAUUAUAACUUGCAACGAAACAUGGAUUUUUCUAUACGAUGUUGAAACGAAGCGACAAUCGAUGUAUUGGAAGACACCUGAAUCGCCCAGAAUCAAAAAAGCAAGGAUGUCCAAAUCAAAAUUUAAGGCAAUGUUGAUCGUUUUUUUUUUGACAUUAACGGUAUCGUGA